ACCACGCCCCCUCCGUGUGUAACCACGCCCCCUCACGUAAACCCCGCCCCCUUAACAACGCCGCGCUCCUCCGCACUUUGCGGCUUUGUCGCGACUCCCCCGCCCCCUGCUGGCGGUGCUUUACGGCUGUGUUGGUGUUUUACGACAGCGGCCGGCCGCGUUCUGGGCCAUGGCUGGGGCCGAGCGGGACCCACACAGGAGGGGCGAGGAGGAGGAGGAGGAGGAAGAAGAGGAAGAAAAGGAGGAGGAAGAGGAAGAAAAGGAGGAGGAAGAAAAGGAGGAGGAAGAGGAGGGUCCCGAGACCCCCUCCGACCCCCCCCAAAGCCGGUGGUACCGGGGGUCCUUUAUUUGUCCUUCCUCCCCCCGGGCUUCGGGCCCCGCCAGGCCCGGGCGCUGCUGCGGCCGCACGGGGAGCUGGGCAGGGUCUUCUUCCAGCCCCGCGGAGGCUCCGUGCGGCGGCGGCGGCAGCGCCCGGGAGGACCCCCGGCCGUGGCCUUCGCCGAGGGUUGGGUGGAAUUUCGGGACAAACGCGCGGCCAAACGAGCGGCCAAAAUCCUGCACGGGGCCCCCAUGGCCCCCCGGCCCCGCAGCCCCUUCCGCCAUCACUGCUGGAGCAUCAAGUACCUGCCCGGGUUCCGGUGGCCUCACCUGAGCGAGCGGCUCAGCUACGAGCGGCAGGUGAGGGCGCAGCGCCUGCGGGCCGAGGUGGCCCAGGCCAAGCGGGAGGGGGGGUUCUACACCCGCCAGGCCUCCAAAGCCCCCCCAAAAACCUCCGGAGACCCCUCCGCCCCUCUGCCGACCUGGGGCUUCACCCAAAGACCCACCGAGGAGGAGAUUUGGCGGCGCAAAGCUCGACCCCCGCCGGCCGCGCCCCCCAUGCGGCUGCUGGAGAAGGUGUUCGGGGCGGGGAGGUGAGACCCUCCCUCGGAUUUUGGGGGGGCUCAGGUGUCUGGGAAGGUCCCUUGGAACGUCGGGGAUUCCGGAUAUCGAUCCCAUUCUCAAGGAUCACGAAAUGUUUUGUUUUUCUCCUUAAAACUUUUUAUUACUUUUAACAAAAA